UUUUUAUAUUGGCUAGCUUCGCGUUGAUGUCGCUGUACAAAACAUACAGUUCAGACCUGCUAGCUCCGCGUUUAUGAACUCAUCUCCUCCCUAACAGCCUUUAAACAGCACCCUGAGAUAUGGAGUGUUUGUAGAGGAGGAGCAGGGUCACAAACCAACACACUGGAUACUUUCAUCACACUCUUUUUAAACUUGGACACUUUUUCUGUUUGUGUUUGUAUGUUCUCUGGAUGUGGAUCACAUUCAGGAGGGAUCCAAGCAGACAUCCCCUGGUGGUUUGUGUUUAGGAAAUGGCAACUGCUCUCAGUGGCCGAAACCCCGGCGGACGUGGACAACAGGGAAGUAAGGGUCGGAUCUUAGGGAUCAUUGACGCCAUCCAGGAUGCAGUGGGACCUCCGAAACAAGCAGCCGCCGACCGCAGGACUGUGGAGAAGACCUGGAAACUCAUGGAUAAAGUUGUCCGGUUGUGCCAAAAUCCAAGACUCCAGCUAAAAAACAGUCCUCCUUACAUCCUGGAUAUCUUACCUGACGCCUACCAGCACCUACGGCUAAUACUGAGCAAAUAUGAGGAGAACCAGAGACUGGCACAGCUCAGUGACAAUGAGUAUUUUAAAAUCUACAUCGAUAGCCUUAUGAAGAAAUCCAAACGGGCCAUCCGGCUCUUCAAAGAGGGAAAGGAAAGGAUGUAUGAGGAGCAGUCACAGGACAGGAGGAACCUGACCAAGCUGUCACUGAUCUUCAGUCACAUGUUAGUAGAAAUCAAAGCCAUCUUCCCUGGAGGACAGUUCCACGGGGACACGUUCAGGAUCACCAAGGCUGAUGCUGCUGACUUCUGGAGGAGAUUCUUUGGAGAAAAUUCAAUAGUGCCAUGGAAAGUCUUCCGACAGUGCCUUCACGAACUGCAUCCCAUCACCUCGGGCCUGGAAGCCAUGGCCCUCAAAUCCACCAUCGAUCUCACCUGCAACGACUACAUUUCUGUGUUUGAGUUUGACAUCUUCACACGCCUUUUCCAGCCAUGGGGAUCAAUUCUGAGGAACUGGAAUUUCCUAGCAGUGACACACCCCGGGUACAUGGCCUUCCUUACCUAUGAUGAAGUCAAAGCCCGACUGCACAAGUAUAUCAACAAGCCUGGAAGUUACAUCUUCAGACUGAGUUGUACUCGGCUGGGCCAGUGGGCCAUCGGUUAUGUGACUAAUGAUGGGAACAUACUGCAAACCAUCCCCCACAACAAGCCACUGUUCCAGGCCCUCAUCGAUGGCUUCAGGGAGGGCUUCUACUUGUUCCCUGAUGGUCGCAGUUACAAUCCUGACCUCACUGAUUUAUGUGAGCCGACGCCUCAUGAUCACAUCAAAGUCACACAAGAACAGUAUGAGCUCUACUGCGAAAUGGGCUCCACCUUCCAGCUUUGUAAGAUCUGCGCUGAGAACGACAAAGAUGUCAAGAUCGAACCUUGUGGUCACCUGAUGUGCACGUUCUGUCUUACAGCUUGGCAGGAAUCAGAUGGUCAGGGUUGUCCGUUCUGCCGUUGUGAGAUCAAAGGCACAGAGCCCAUCAUUGUGGAUCCCUUUGACCCACGAAAUGAGGGCACCAAGUGCUUCUUCCUGGACCAGCACAGCUGCCACAUGCUGGAGCUGGAUGAUGAGGAAGACCGAGAGGACUGCCUGGUCAUGAAUGGACUUGCCAACAUCAGAAAGCACUGUGCUGAGCGACAGAACUCCCCAAUGGUGUCCCCCAGCUCUUCACCUGUCAGCCAACACAGGAAAGCCCAUAUAGGGGACCCCGGUUAUUGCAUCCAGCACCUUGGCCUUCCUCCUGUCCCGCCACGACUUGACCUCAUCCAGAAAGGUGCCAUCCGCUCUCCGUCUGCCAGUCCCACUGCCUCUCCAAAGUCUUCACCAGGCAUGUCAAGAAAGCAAGACAAGCCUCUCCCAGCCCCACCUCCCCCGCAGAGGGAUCCACCUCCACCGCCUCCACCUGAGCGACCUCCUCCCAUUCCUCCAGAGUUUCGCCACUCUUGGCUUCCCAGUUCCUCUUCCACGUCCUCUUCUACUAGAGUACUUUCAAACUCCCAAAUGACCCCUUUGACACCCUGUACCAAAGACAACCAUUUGGCAGAUGCCCACAGGCCUGGAGUAGAACACCAGCUCCAGCUGGGACCUGCCGGCCCCUCUCACCUGAACGGAAGACCCCUCAGUUUUCCGUCUGCAGGAUUUGGAAGGUUACAUCACAGAAUGGAGGGGACAGGGAACCGAGAGAGCUCAAAGCCCUUUACUAAUGGCGUGCCAUUCAGUGAUGAGUAUGAUAUCUUUCCUUCACGGCUCUCGCCAAGUCAGUCCUCACUUGCCAGUAGCCACAAAGCCUCCAACCCUUUCAGUAGUCCUGUGCAAGAAAGACAGCAGAGGGCGAUGGAGAGGCUGGAGGAUGACUAUCAAAUCCCUUCAUCCCACCUUUGUCUGAGCCAGGCUCCAAUCUGCAUCUCUGUGCCCAGCAGGCACUUGGAGAAUGGCUCCAUAGAGCCUUCCAUUGAGGAGAAUAAGCAGCAGUUCCCGGAGACUGGUAGACACUCAGAAUCGGUCAGGGAGUUGGUCCCGGGGGCAGCAAAUACUGACCCCUGCCCCUUCAACACGAACCAGUCACCCUCCAACUAUGACAUUCUGCUGCCCCCCAAAGCAUUAGAAGAGCUCUUCAACAGCCGCCCUCCAUCCCAGCUUUCCCCUCCUCCUCCUCCUCCGCCAGCGCGACACAGCUUUACUGACCUCUUCUCAUCUCUGCCGUCCUCAUCCUGCAACUCAUCUACGUCCUCCUCCUCCUCCUCCUCUGUCAUCCCACGACCACACAGGCCCUCCUCUGGACAUGAGCAUUUACUGUUAACCCCUGACACAGUGUUUGAAAUGCUGAACAGUGCUGCUCCCCUGCCUCCAGUCCGACGACACACAGAAAAUGUUAAAGGCUCCAGAGGCUGCCUUGAAUACGACCAUUUACCAGUAUUGAUGGACUGUUCGCAGGCCCCUGCCAGGCCACCCAAGCCACUGCCCAGGAAGAUCCCUCCAGACAUCCAGCCAGGCAAACCCCACAGCAUGGAGUCCGAGUCCGUAGACGCCAAGAUUGCCAAGCUGAUGGGAGAGGGUUACUCCUUUGAAGAUGUGAAGCGGGCGCUAAUGAUUGCCCAGUACAAAGUGGAUGUGGCCCGAAACAUUCUGCGAGAAUUUUCCUUAGUGGCCCCGAGACUGAACCUCUAGUCCUUGAGACGGUGAAAAGGGAGUACAGGAAUAAAGCUGUGCCUCUGAAUGCACUCAACAGAAAGGGCUUCUCCGUUCUCCUUGGCCCCAGACCAUUGGAAAAACCUAUGGUCAUCAGAGAAAAGAACGAUUUAAAGAAUGAUUUGCCUUUUGUUGCCGAACAGAGAUAAUGAUGCACAACAAAGUGGCUACAACCAAAUCAUGUCAGAACUAAAAGAAUGAAAAGUGAUUUAAACCUGUGAAAAAAGAACAGGCUUGUUGUCGUUUAUAUUGAGCUUUGCCAGGGCUGGCUUCUGGUUUUCAAACGCUCUGCUUUGAAUUGGACUGUUGGACUCGCUACUUUAAAGCCCCGGUCCUGCUACUGCUGCUAAUGUUCUUUUCAUAUCCUGUCAUACUCCAGUCAGUAUUUUGAAGGGCUUUUCAAAAGAGCUAGACAUUUCCUGCCCAGUUUAGCCUACACGCUCACACAGUUAUAAGUGAUCAUUUGUAUUUACAGCCAGUGGGGGGAGCCAGACUCCACUGUUUCUCUAUUUGUAUUUCUCACUCGCUACUUGGCACUAUCUCCUACUUCUUCCUCCUCUUUGCCUUGUGUGUUGCCCAUCAGAGAAUACUCCACUGUUCGCACAGAGUCUGGCUGAUUCGUAGGUCUUAACAAGGUCUUGUGAGUUGGGAGUGGAUAGAUGGAGCCAGAGGAUGCCUUAUUGAUUAACUUGUUUCCCUCAGACCUUCAGAAAACCACAUCACAGCUCCAGCGGACUCGUUAGACUUAUUUUGACAAGAAGUGUAAAGCAACAAGAGAGUGUGUUUGUGUGUGUGUGUGUUCAUCAUUGUGGAAGUGGCCACAUUGUCCCCACAUGAUGAACUCCUCUGAUGUGGAGUGCAAGUCACUCUGACAGCUCUGCAGCAGUUCUUCUUUUUCUUAUUAUCUCAGAUUCUUCUGUAAACACAACAGACCUGAACUGCACAGCUUUCAAACUUCGAGACCUGUCCUAUGCACCUUCAGAAUCAGCUGUAUUUCUCCCUAAUAUGACACCUAAGUGGAUUAGCUCAAAUGUAAAACAGUGAUGUUGUUAUUCCCUCAGUAGGAGGGAAGAAAGGGGCUAUGUUUACAUGAAUGAUACUCUUUCCUUUUCAUUAAUUCUAUUUUCAUAGCAAUUAGGGAACCAGUUAUUUUCAUUAUAUAAUUCUGGACUGGAGUUAGGUGUUGAUCUAUGGAAACACGGUGCCAACGAAGUCUCAGGCAGUCUGUCAACAGAGCACCGGUGAGUCCUGAUGAUCCACAAGCUCCAUUCAGAGGACGCACAGCAUCUUCAACCUAAACCUGUCUUAUCAAAAAUUACAAGCCAGACUUCUUUCAAACAACUUGGUUUACAGAGCUCAGCAAUUUGGAGAGUACAGUGUUAUUCUUACUGAUAGAAAGGAUACCAUUACAACAGCAAAGAGACUCGAACAGUAAAAGAAAGAAAAUCACUUAAAGGUGAUGUGUAGUUUCCUCUGUGGCUGAAUAGAACUUGUCAGGGGUGCUUGUUGUUUGCCACCACAGUGAAGAGAUGGGUCAGGGGUAGCUGGUUAGAAUACUAACAUCGAUAGAUAUAGAAGAAAAAAAAGCUUUAAAAUUGGUGUUGUUUUCCACAACUGGACACAGUUAGUGAGAGAAGGGAAGAAGUUUAAUGAUGAAAACAUUUCCUCUUGCUUCAACAACGGUCACAAAAAGGUUGGUUUCAGAAAAAGAAAUGAUUGUGUAUUAUAAUUUCUUGUCUGGUAAAUGAUGAGCUAACAUAGAUUGACAGCUUACAUACUUACUUUACUUAAUGCUAGUACAAUGUGAUGUGUUUUAACUAUGGUGUCUAACUACUGAGACACCAUAGUUAAAUGGUUAGUUACUGUAACAGGACUGUAGUCAGGUUUAUUGUCGGUUGAUAAGCCAACUGAGUUGGAGACUGUGAAUGUUGUUUAUGAUCAAAUAAAAGGUCGGAGCAGUCCGUUUGGACCGUGUUUGGACUCCCUUGUUUAGUGAGUGAGUCCAGCUUAAUAAACCCAUUUUCACCUCCACACUAAUUUUCAUGAAGCCAUUCUAAAUCAAUUUGGAAAGACGUUUUGAGGUUUUCUUCACAGGGGGGCUUUAAACCGCUAAUAAAAUAUGACUUUGAUUGAGCUUUCCUCAAACCACAGAAAACAGAGAUUUUCUGAUCAAGUAUUUAAUAAUGUGGCUGCUAAGAUGGAAAUGAAAAGGUUCAGUUGGGACAUCUUGAUAAUACAGCAGGAGGAAGUCCGGAUCCCAGUUCUAAUAACACAGCUCACUGACUCUGUUUUUUUUUCACGUCUGCAUAAUUUGAUGGUGUGAAAUCAAACAUGAAAGUACCGCUCGCCUGAGUGUUGUGUUCAUCUGUGCAAAUAAGCCAGGCCUCUUCGUAGGCUUCUCCGAAUUACAAUAUCAUCUUAACCCCGAUCGAUAUUUAGAUUGUAAAUGGACUGAAUUUAUAUGGUGCUUUAGAGCCACUAUUAUCAAGCACACUUUCUUUACGGUACACUUCACAUUUACUCACUGAUACACACACAUACAUUCAGUGGUUCUUUAUCACACAUUUAUUUAUACACUGUCACCACAGCCAUCAGGGACCAUCCCUCUCUACCUCCUGAACCACAGCCACUCUAUAACCAGUUCAGUGACCAGGUCAAUUACUGUGUGCAUAGGUGGGUGUAACCCUCUGAGAACCAUUCUGCACUGUGUUAUUAGGACCAAAUAACCAUGAGUGAACUUGCUCUUUAAGUCUUCAAUGUGGAGGUCACAAAACAUACUGUUUUAUUAUCUCAGUCACUGUGACAGAAAGAAGACAAUGGACGACUCCUCGUCUGACCCACUUCCCUCCACCAAUUUGUCCCACUGUCCUCUCGCCCUUUCUUUUCUGAGCAGCACUUUAAAGGAGGGCUGCAGUUUAAAAUGUAAAUAUGUUAAUAAUACUGCCUAAGACACUCCAGAGAGAGUUUGUGAUAAUGAGCGAUGCUGAGGAAGUUUGAGAAGCACGUCUCCAAUCAGUGCAAUCACAUUCACAAAUCCUUGUUUACCACCAUAUGUUGAUGCAGCACACCAGUAUAAGUAUGUCAACAAAACAAAAAAACACAUGUAACUGUAUAAUUAGGCACUUAGAUAAUACCUAGUCAUCAGCUAAGCAGCUUUCACUCCUUGAUUUACAUUAAAAAAAUUAUGUAGUGUUUAUAUUAUCCUUUUUGUACUGAAGCAGAAAAUAAUUCUGCCAGCCUACUCUCCUUGUCCGCCUCACAGAGUAGAGCAUUGCUAAUGUCUGGUUUACUUCCAGUACAAAUAGGGAAUUCAGAUGUGAAAAUCAGUGGCAUUCCCCUUAACCUCUGCACUGUUGUUACUUUUAUUUUCACAAACUUGAACAGUCCUGAUCUCAGAAUGGUCCAUUCUAUUGGACUCCCUGUUGAUGAGGGUAGGUGGCCUUAGGUUGCAAAGAGCAGUUUUUAUUAUCAGAUUUAUGUAUUCAUAGUCAAAGAUGUGUUGAUAAUAUGUAAAGAAAAGAGUCAUGGACGAUUAAUCUAUACAUCAUUGUUUUUUUUUCUUUGAAAUAUUUUCAUGGACAAGUAAAUAAAAAGUAUAUAUAUAUAUA